AUGCGAAUUAUCCUUACAGGUUUCCAUUUUUUGAAACGUCAAGCUUUUCAUAAAUCCACUCUUCUUACAGCCCUCUUCCUUUGUGUAACCAGCGAAUUGAAAGAGGAAGAUGUUCCUCUGGAGCUAAGAAGAAAUUUUGACAAGAAUAAAAUCAUAAUUCCAAGUGCGCGUCAAUUUGGCAUAGAACUUUAUGCCAAUGUUACUGUCAAAGCGUUUGUAGCUAUUAUCAAUAGCCUUUCAGAGGAAAGGAUGAAGCAGUUGUCGCUGAGGAGGAAGUUGAAAGCCAAAGAAUGUUUGGAGAUGUCAGUAAGCCUGUCUGAUAGAGCGAAAUGUUUUCUUUUUGUGUUGGAGAACCUUCGUCAAAUGAAGAGAAGAAGGAGAACGACGACGCUCAAGAGAGUGGAUUCAAUGGUAAAACGAAGACGGAGGCAUACUGCGUACAUUCCAAAAGUUAUGGGGAAGGACUCGAAGAAGCUUGAGCAAUUGUGAGU